CUAGGAAAACAGCUGUGGCGAGCUAAAGGCUAGUUAGCAUCGUUUGUUUUUGUCGUGUGUGUCAGCGUUUCGAGCAGUUCCUUGAGCCAAACCCGCUAACCUACGAACCUUAGAGUGACCGACUUGUUGUCUGUCAUCUCUUUUAACGAUGAAGUUCCAGUACAAAGAAGAGCACCCUUUUGAGAAAAGGCGGUCCGAAGGCGAGAAAAUAAGGAAGAAGUAUCCGGACAGGGUACCUGUAAUUGUGGAGAAAGCCCCCAAAGCCAGAAUAGGAGAUCUGGACAAGAAGAAAUACCUUGUCCCCUCCGACCUGACAGUGGGCCAGUUUUACUUCCUCAUCCGAAAAAGAAUCCACUUGCGAGCUGAGGAUGCGCUCUUCUUCUUUGUAAACAACGUCAUUCCACCCACCUCAGCUACCAUGGGACUGUUGUACCAGGAGCAUCAUGAAGAGGACUUUUUCCUCUACAUUGCCUACAGUGAUGAGAGUGUGUACGGGAGCAGCCAAAGGGAAAUCUGAUCCCACCACCAUCCCCCCUCCAACCACUACCCACCUUUCUGAGACCUCCUCCACCAUUCAUUCAUUUAAAUAUUAAAUCCAGCUCAGCAGCCUAGAGUUCCCAGAGUAAAUAUGUCAAAUGCACUUUCACCACCCAUACAUUACCCCUCGCCCAUCCAUUUAUGUCUUUAUUAUUCUGCAGUCUGAAUUGUAUUUGCAUCCGCUUUUCUUUUUCAGUAGCUUCUCGGGUUAAGUGGUCUCGUGGCCAGUUAUUUUUUCUAGUGUCAUAAUUGAUCAUACUUUACUGACAAAACUGAAUAAUAAAUAAUAAUAGAAAUAGGCCGUAAAUAUAGUUGCCCCAGGGUUAAGGGAAGAAAGGCAUAGUAUGUGAGUUCAAAUCUGCCCUUUCUGACAAUGAAGAUAUAUUACUGUGUGUUCACUCUGUUGGCUUGCAGGAGUAUGAAGUGUGUUUUGAGUUUAGGUUAGGGAAUGAAUAGCACUCACCAGUUGAGGGCAGGUGAUUUUGUCUGGCAAGUAAAGGAUAACUGUUUUGCAGCAGUUAGUUUCCUAAAAAAACAAAACAGAAUUGGCAAGGUCUUUAUAUUUUAUUUCAGCAGUCUGUGAAUGAGAAUUCAGUGGGCUGACCCGCGUCUGACCUUAGCAAGGAGCAUAAUAGAAUUCAGACUAAACAAUCAUCCUCUGCUUUCAGUGGUAAGACUAUUAUGUUGACUGCUACUAUGAUUAUUGUUGUUGUUAUUGUUAAUUUUAGAUGGCUUAAUUUCUAAAAGGUAUUGUAAAGCUGAGUGCAAUUUUCUCUCUUUUUUUAAGUUUGUCUUCUUUUUUAAAAAAAAAAAUUAAGAUUUGAACUCUGUAUACAGCUGCAUUACUGGCUCUUUCUCUCCACUCAUGACCAUACAUGAUAAAAUGUGAUGAAAAGCUA